AUGGGGUACUGUAUGAUUUCGGAUGAUAACAAAAAUUUGAUGACUUACAAGCGUAUCAAAAAAUUGUGUUCAGACAAUAAUCUCUACGACACCGAUGAGCUAAAUGAAGUUCUUUACCUUCAUAUGAAAGGAUUUCAUAAUAUCGAUGGAUUAUCAACUUUUAAAAAUUUAAAAUGCUUAUUUUUAAAUAAUAAUUGCAUAAAAAAAAUUGAAAAUUUAAAUGAUCUUGUAAAUUUGAAGGCAUUGUAUUUACAAAACAAUGAUAUUAGCAUAAUAGAAAAUAUUGAAUGCAUGUCAUUGGUAAUUUUAAAUUUAUCCAACAACAAAAUAAAAAAAAUUGAAAACUUGCAUCACUUGAAAUUUUUACAAACAUUGAAUGUGUCCAACAAUUUGAUUGAAGACAUUGAAGAUAUAAAAGAAGUUGCACAAAUUGAAAAUCUUUCACACUUAGACCUUUCGCAUAAUAAUAUAAAUUUCGAGAAAGAAAAUGAAGUACAAAAUUUACCUGACAUUUGUUCAGAAAAAAAAACAAAUUUAAAUGAAAUGGAAAAUGAGAAAUUUCAAGAAUACUCUAUGAAAGAAAAUGACAACGAAACAAUUAUGGACUAUUUUCAUUUCUAUGUAAAUUUUCAUGAAGAAAUAACCAAAAAUGAAAAUCCUAAUAUUAUUAAGUAUCAUCAAAAUAUUCAAAAUAUAGACCAAUUAGCUAAAAAAAAGUUUUUUUUUAUUUGUGAAUUUAUUAUUUUACUAAAAAAAGUUAAAAACUUAAAAACAUUAUUUAUCAAGCACAACCCGUUUAUAAAUAAAUUUAAAUAUGCUACGAAAUAUCUAAUUGCAAACAUUCCCAACAUAGUAUUCCUCGAUGAUAAAAAAAUAAAAAAAGAAGAUAUUUGUCUAGCAAGAAUAUUUUUAAAAAAGGGAGCAGCAGAAGAAAGUGAACUUAAAAAACUAUUUGAGCAAAAAAAAAUUGAUAAAUAUAAAAAUUUAACAGAAAAAUUUCACAAUUUUUUAUUAAAGAAAAGUGAAAGCAUAGAAAACCAAAGCAAAGGACCUAUAAUCAUUGAUUAA